UCAGCCAGCUGGACUCAGCUGAGUCACUACAGAGGAAACAAUGAGCUCAACACAGAAGGACCAACAUGGAGCGAGAAGUCAGCGCUCUCAGGAGGCCGACAAACCUCACAGAAGAAAGGGAGAUAAAACAUACACCUGUGACGAGUGUGGGAAGGGUUUUACUGUGAAGGCUGAACUAAAACGUCAUCAGGUCAUCCACACUGGAGAGAGACUGUUCAGCUGUGACUUGUGCGGAAAGUCUUUUUCCUCGAAGGGUUACCUAAGACAACACCAACUCAUCCACAGUGGAGUUAAAGCGUACAGCUGUGAUCAGUGUGGCAGAGCUUUUACUCAAAGUAGCCACUUAAAGAGUCAUCUAGUUACCCACUCUGGAAUUAAGGCAUACAGCUGUGACAUUUGUGGAAAAACAUUCGGCCGGAUAGGGCACCGAAAUAGACACCUACGCAUUCACACCGGACAUGAUGUGUACUGCUGUGAACAGUGUGAUAAACAGUUUACAACACAUGGACAGUUACAACAACACAUGUUUACCCACACUGAGGAGAGACCUUAUAAAUGUGACCUGUGUGAGAAGACUUUUAAAUCUCCACGUAACCUGAGGCGACACCAACAGAUACACACCAGAAAGAGACUCUACAAGUGCAGUUACUGUGAGAAGCAGAGCGACACAGAUGGAUCCAGUUCUCAACCCUGUCGUCACUGUGGGAAAGAGUUUAUCUGUGACCUUUGUGGAAAAACUUUCAGUGAACAAUACACCCUAAAAAUACAUCAACGUAGACACACUGGAGACAAACUGAAAUGCUGCAAAGAAUGUGGGAGAAGCUUCAUCACAUCAGGUGGAUUAAAAAAACAUGAUCUGAUUCACAGUGGGGUUAAAAAGCACCUCUGUGAUCAGUGUGGGUCAUCCUUCACCACCGCAAGUGAGCUUAAAACACACAAACGAGUCCACACAGGAGAGAAACCAUACAAGUGCAGACACUGUGACAAAAGCUUCUCACAUUCAGGUAGUCGUAACGAUCAUGAACGUGCACACAUGGAAGGAAACUACAGAUGUGACCAGUGUGACAAGAGCUUCAGGAAUCUCAGUUCAUUCUCCGAACACAAACGAUCCCACGUUACUAAUAAACUGUUUCACUGUUACCAAUGUGCCCAAACAUUCACUUCAUUAUCUGCUCUGUGCAAAUAUCAGCGUGAUCACUCGGGGCUGAAAUCACUCCCAUCACAGUGAAUCUGAAGAGACAGAAAGAUCCUCUUCUGGUUUCAGGGUCAGACUUAAAACCCUUGAGAUCAGGCUCC